AAACCUUGCAAGCUAAAACCCUAAUCCCUCUCCUCUUUUAUUCUUCUUCUUCUCAAUUUCUUUUCUUCUGAAAGGCAACUAACAUUGUUCAAUCUCAGUAACAGGCACAUUGAGUAAAAAAUGAGUUUGAUUUCUCAAAAUGCUAGUACUAAAAAUAGAGUGAAGACUAGUAAGGAGGAGACUGAUGGGCCUGCAUUUAUGGAAGGGGAUGAGGACAAACAAGCUUCCGAGUUGGUUAUGCUGAGGGCGAAAAAGAGAAAGAAAGAGCGGUCGGAAAUCGAUGAGGGUAAGGAAAUGAAAAGGUUGGAGAAUUUUUUAUUUGGAUCCCUAUACUCCCCUAUUGAAUUUGGAAACGAUGGUGGGGAGAAUGCGCAUAAUGGGAUUGAAAAUGGUUCUGCUUUUUUUGUGGAUCGUUCGGCAAACAGUCAACGGUCUGUUUAUAAAGAGGAUUCAGAUUUUUCUGGAGAAAGUGAUGCUGAAGAGGAGCCCAAACAGCGGAAAGCUGCGUGGGUUGAUGAGGAAGAAGAAAAAGCUGUUAUUGAUAUUGCGCACACUAAUAGAUUGAGAAAACUGAGGAAGGAAGAGGAUGAGAGUUUGAUUUCAGGUCGGGAGUACGUUGCGAGAUUAAGGGCUCAUCAUGCGAAGAUGAAUCGCGGUACUGAGUGGGCACGAUUGGAUUUACAGUCAAGAAAUGGUGGUUCUUAUGAUAAUGAAUCUUCGGAUGAAGAAAAUGGAAUUGUCACUGCUCGUGGUUAUGAGGAUGUUGAAUCUUUUGAUGAUGUUUUUCGGAGUAGUGAAGAUCUCGUAGUGAAAAGCAGAGCAAAACUGUUGCCUGGGCUUCUUGAGUACUCUAGACUUGUAGAUGCAAAUGCUCAAGAACCAUCAAGUGGUCCAAUAAAUUCGGUUCAGUUCCAUCAGAAUGCACAGCUGCUACUAACUGCUGGAUUGGAUCGGAGGCUGAGCUUUUUUCAAAUUGACGGGAAGCGGAACACGAAAAUCCAAAGCAUUUUCAUUGAGGAUUGCCCAAUUCAUAAGGCCUCUUUUUUACCGGAUGGAUCGCAGGUGAUUAUAUCGGGAAGAAGAAAGUAUUUUUACAGCUUUGAUUUGGUGAAUGCUAAAGUUGAUAAGAUAGGCCCACUGGUCGGUAGGGAGGAGAAGAGCUUGGAAGUUUUUGAGGUGUCACCAGAUUCUAAAACUAUUGCUUUCGUGGGUAACGAAGGCUAUAUCUUGUUGGUAUCAACUAAAACUAAGGAACUCAUUGGAACUCUGAAGAUGAAUGGGACUGCCCGCUCGUUGGCAUUUGCUGAUAAUGGACAGCAAUUAUUGAGCCACGGAGGCGACGGGCAAGUGUAUCACUGGGAUUUGAGGACAAGGACGUGCAUCCAUAAGGCUGUCGAUGAAGGUUGUCUAACCGGCACUGCACUUUCAACUUCCUCAAACGGCAGCUUGUUUGCUGCUGGUUCGGACAGCGGGAUAGUGAAUGUUUACAACAGAGAGGAGUUCUUAGGUGGGAAGAGAAAACCGAUAAAGACGAUUGAUAAUUUGACGACUAAAGUAGAUUUUAUGAAAUUCAGUAACGACGCUCAAAUACUAGCGGUUUGUUCACACAUGAAAAAGAACAGUUUGAAGUUGAUACACGUCCCAUCAUAUACUGUGUUCUCUAAUUGGCCCCAUGCAAAGACGGCCUUACAUUAUCCUCGCUGUUUGGAUUUCAGUCCCGGUGGAGGAUUUAUGGCUGUGGGUAAUGCUGCUGGGAAAGUAUUGCUGUACAAGCUGCAUCAUUAUGAGCACGCAUAGAUCAAAUAUGUGAUAAGUUUUGCUUUUUACCCAAACUUUUUGUAUUUCUGUUAGAGCUAAAUUCAUAUUAAUACAACUAGAGGCACCGAGUCGGUCAGGGGGGUUCAUGAGCUUCACUCUGCAAAUGCAAAUUCUGUCUUUUUGCAUAGAAGUGAUGUUAUGAUAUGGACCGGAUUAUAGCUGUAUUGUCUUUGUAUGUUUAUACACCAGUUGCCUAUGAUCUGCUUGCAGUGAUGCUUAUCAUGUUUUUAGGUAAUAUGCUGUUCUUUGAUGAAUAAUAUGUGUCGGCCCAUCUUUUCCGUA